GAAGAUAUGGAAAAGGAAAAUGCAACAUUGCUGACAGAGUUUGUUCUCUCAGGAUUUUCAUAUCAACAGGAGUGGCAAAUCCCCUGGUUCUUGGUAUUCCUGGUGAUAUACCUCAUCACCAUUGUGGGGAACCUUGGUCUUAUUGCUCUCAUCUGGAAUGACUCUCAACUUCACACCCGCAUGUACUUAUUCCUUGGGAGUUUGGCUUUUGUGGAUACUUCAGUAUCAUCCUUAGUGACCCCCAAGAUGCUGGUCAACUUCUCCACCAAGAGUAAGAUGAUAUUUCUCUCUGAAUGCAUGGUACAAUUUUUUCCCUUUACAGUCAGUGCGACCACGGAAUGUUUUCUCUUGGCAAGUAUGGCAUAUGAUCGCUAUGUGGCCAUAUGCAACCCUUUUUAUCCAGUGAUUAUGACCAAUAGACUAUGUAUGCGACUGUUCAUCUCAUCAUUUGUAGGUGGUGUCCUACAUACCUUUAUUCAUAUAGGAUUUUUAUUCAGAUUAACCUUCUGUAAUUACAACAUGAUAUAUAACUUUUACUGUGAAAGACCUGUUCCUGCCUUGAUCAAGUGUCUACUACUUCUAUUCGAUGAAGGAAUGCUGCUGUGCACACUGAACUUUACGAGGCCAUCUAAGGAUAUGGAAACGGAAAAUGCAACAGAGCUGACAGAGUUUGCUCUCACAGGACUUACAUACCAACCAGAGUGGCAAAUCCUCUUGUCCUUGCUGUUCUUAAUGCUACACCUCAUCAAUGUGGGAAACCGUGGUCUGAUUGCUCUCAUCUGUAAUGACCCUCACCUUCACAUUCCCAUGUACUUAUUCCUUGGGAGCUUGGCUUUUGUAGAUACUUGGUUAUCACCCACAGUGGCCCCCAAGAUGCUGGUCAACUUCUUUGCCAAGAGCAAAAUGAUCUCUCUCUUUGAUUGCAAGAUACAAUUUUUUUCCCUUGCAAUCUGAACCAUGGAAUGUUUUUUGCUGACCACAAUGGCGUAUGAUCGCUAUGUGGCCACAUGCAAACCAUUACACUAUCCAGUGAUUAUGACGACUAGGCUAUGCAUCUGGCUAUUGGUUUUGUCAUUUAUAGGUGGCCUUUUCCAUGCCAUAUUCAGAUUAACUUUUUGCAAUUCCAUCAUAGUACAUCACUUUUACUGUGACAUUAUACCAUUAUUUAAGAUUUCCUGUACUGAUCCUUCCAUUAACUUUCUGAUGAUUUUUAUUUUCUGAUCAAUACAGUUGUUCACAAUUUUCAUUGUUCUUGUGUCUUACACACUUAUUCUCUUUACAGUCUUAAACAAGAAGUCUGCAGAAGGCAUAAGGAAGGCCUUCUCCACCUGUGGAGCCCAACUCCUAUGUGUCUCUUUAUACUAUGGGCCUCUUCUCUUCAUGUAUGUGUGCCCUGGAUCCACACAAGCAGAUGAUCAAGAUAUGAUGGACUCUUUAUUUUACACUGUCAUAAUUCCUUUGUUAAAUCCAAUUAUCUACAGCCUGAGAAAUAAGAAAGUCAUAGAUUCACUGACAAAAAUGUUAAAGAGAAAUGCUAAUAGGUGUUCUUUUUUCAUUAAAAGAACACAUAAUUGUACAGGUUAG